ACUUGUUCAUGUCUGAGGACGUGUCGCUGAACUGAGGACAGAGUUCUCAGGUAGGAGCUGAGGAGCUGACUCCCUCCCACCGAGCACCGACUGCACCAGGACAAAGAGCUCCUCCACGCGAUGCUCGGUUCAGGUCCGAGAACCGGAUGAGUCUCAGCAGGGGGUCUGUGAGCGGAUGUAACGGGGGCACCGGACCGGGUUUAACGGAACUAACCGGACCAGUAUGCGGAUCCAGGUCCUCCUGUCCUGGUUGUGCAUGUGGACCUGGAGCCAGCGCUUGGACCACGACAGCUGGGACGGCCUCUGUCGCUAUGGCAACAGCGUGGAGUGCUGCUGGGGCUGGAGGCGGAUGGACGAGGGACGGUGUGGACCUGUCUGUCCCCAGGGCUGUAAACAUGGACACUGUCUCGGAGCAGACAGAUGCGAGUGUCGCCCCGGAUACACCGGCAAGGCCUGUAACCAAGGUAACCGUUUACAUGGCAACGGAGUUGACUUAAUUAAGAUAAACACAUAAAACAGACAGAAAAGACAUGGUUCACACACACACA